GAGGAAGAGCGGGAGAGGAAGGACCUGAGGGGAAAACUACACUGGUUAUGAGAAACCGCAAAACAAAGUUCAGUGACCCAAACGCUACCUUUAAAUCGGAAGGAAUGAGCCUGAGGAAGAGGAGGCUCCUCUGGAUUCUGUGACAGGGGUGUGGAAUGCACUCAGGUUUGACUGGUGGGAAUUCUCUGAGUGUCUGGCAUGUGUUUGCUGCAUGCGCUCUGUGAAUGCCCAGGACAGGCAUGUGUUUGUGCAUGCGCUCUAUGAAUGCUCCAGGACAGGCGUGUGUUGCUGCAUGUGCUCUGACUCUGUGAAUGCUCCAGAACAGACGUGUGUUUGCUGCAUGCGCUCUGUGAAUGCUCCAGGACAGGCGUGUGUUUGCUGCAUGCGCUCUGCGAAUGCUCCAGGACAGACGUGUGUUUGCUGCAUGCGCUCUGUGAAUGCUCCAGGACAGACGUGUGUGGAAUGCGACCGAGCGCUGUGAAUGCUCCAGGACAGGCGUGUGUGGAAUGCGACCGAGCGCUGUGUUGGGCAUGCACGGCUCCUCUGCUGGAGACGUUCGUUACGUGGAUAAUGAUCCCAUUGUGCCGGCCCUGAGCCGGAACCUGCCCGUCCAGAUCCACCGCCUCUGCAACUGCACUCGCAUCUCAGGAAGUAACUGACAUACUUCUCAUUCCGGUCAGUUUUAGGGAAGCAGGGAAGUUAAAAUGAAAGGCCCAUUCACUGCAGUGCGUAAUGUGGAGUUUACCUGUUCUUUGGUGAGCUAGGAAAUCAGUUAAAAUAAAUACUCUGUCUCUCACAGCAAUCAGGACUUAUCAGUCCUAUAAGCGUGCGGUUGAAAGAUCCUUUUUGCCUGGUGACCUCUGCUUGGCUGUGUACCUCUCUGGACGCCCAGCGGGGAACUGCUGACCUGAUUGGGCCAGAGGGGCCAUCCCUGGGAGAGAGAGGGGUGUGAGAGAGCGGUCUGGAGACAUUCCUGUAGAGUGGAGGAUGGGGGCGGAGCUUAACCGUUUCCUCUGAGAGCUGUUUUUCGUGCCAGGACACGUAGAAACAGGGAGCGCUGAAACACACUCACACACGCGCACACACACACACGCUCACACACACACACGCUCACACACGCACGCAGUCCGCUCCACAGACAGAGGAGAAUGACCCUGGCUCCAAACCUCCCCGUGCGACUCACCUCCCUCUGCGAGCCAGCCGGGCUCUGACAGCCAAAUGAGGAACACACCGACACUACACAACCAGGAGGACAGAGACGUUUCCCCUGCGGAGCUGGACGCCCUUUGGAGGGAGCCGCCAUACACAUCGGGUGGAGCCAAUGAGCUCUUUCCAGGAAAUGACAUCAUGACCACGGAUAAAGGUGAGGAUGACCAGGUGUCGGACCAGAGUGUGGAGGUGGAGCCAAAGCCAGGAAAUUACUGGAAGGAGAAGUCGGCCUUCAGCAGGGGCAGCACCGUGUCCCUGGCAGUGGGGGAGCGCUUCUCCUCAGAUGUGCUCCUGGUGUUUCGCGGGAGGCGGCGCUGCAGUGGUGAACCGGACAGUGACCUGCAGGAGGCGCUGCGGACACGACUCAGGGUGGUGGAGAGUAACAGCCAGGACGUCAUCCAGCUCUUUAAGGACCUCUCCGCUCGUCUCCUGUCUGUCCACGCUGAGAAGGACUGCUUCAUCAUCACCUUCAAGACCGUUGAGGAGAUAUGGAAGUUCUCCACCUACCUGUCUCUAGGUUACGUGGCUCGGUGCCUGGAGAACUUCCUGUGCGAUCAGACCUUCUGGCUGGACUCGGCUCGGCUGAGCGACGUGGAGAUUUGCGUGACGGUGGACGAGGAACACCUGGCCACCCUCUACCUGGGGCUCCUCCUGCAAGAAGGUUCCUUCUUUGCGAAAGCGCUGUACAACAGCCGGCACACCGAAGAAGAGGACCUGGUGUUCCGGAAGGACGACCUGGUCAUGGUCCGGGACACCGGACAGGAGACGGUGUGGGAGGGGACCUUACUGAAGAGUGGCCAGCACGGCCUCGUGCCAGUCCUCUCCAUGCAGCCUCUACCUUACCCCUUCUACCAGUGGUUUUUUAGGAAGUACCCAGGAACUGCAUGUGGACCUCGUGUGACUAAAGCACAGUUUGAACAUCCUGUUGUGACGGGCACCUGCGUGGCUGUGGUAGACCACAAUCCCCUGGGGCUGGACGAGCUGCAGUUCAGCCGGGGGGAUCUGAUCGAGGUGGUGGGCUUCCUGCUCGCCAGCCUGGAGGUUUUCAUUGGACGGCAUUUCUCCAGCGGCCAGAUGGGAUUCGUCCAGAAGGCCCACAUGAGGCCGGAGAAUGUCAGACCCCUCGACGGGCGGCUGGUGUUUCUGAGCGAGGAGGAGCGGGCAGCUCUCAGCCAGCUUAACCCCUGCAACGAGCAGUACCACAGUGGCCUCCUGAGCAAGCUCUCCACCACGGACAUCAGCACUGUGUACAGACUAGAUAGGCUGGAUGAGUCCGACUUCCCCUACAUCAAAAAUCAGCCGAAGCAAGAGCCGAAGCCCCCGGUCAGCGCCCGCCAGAGCGUGUUUAUGGAGAAGGGCGACUCGCCCCCGUUCCCCUCCUCGCCCCGCCUGUCCGUCUACGCCUCCCAGAGCCUGCUGGACCAGGACGGGGAGCCCCUGUCCUUCAGCCUGGAGGACACCUUCAAGGAGAUGGACGAGUUCGAGGAGGACCCCGCGCUCUUCCUGGAGGAGGGCGGCUGGGAGGGGGAGGAGGGGGAGGCCUGCGACCCCACCCUUGCCCUGCUGAACGAGGACGGCUUUCGGGAGUCCUACCGGGAGCUGUACGACCUGUCCUACUCCUUCCUGGGCUCGGCCUUCGGGGGGGUCCCGGAGGAGGAGCUGCUCCAGCACCUGGAGGGCGUCCGCGAGGCCGCCAAAAACCGCCGGAUGCCCUGGGCCCUGCGGCGGAGCUGCUUCCUGCUGGGCCGCCUGUGCGCCAGGAAGAGCAAGUACUCGCAGGCCCGCGUCUACCUGGAGGAGGCGCUGCGCGUGCCGCUGCCGGGCUUCCGCGACCUGCCGCUCCUCAUCGCGCUCUACACCGGCCUGACCGCCAUCUACCUGCAGCAGCGGCUGGAGGACAAGCUGGCGCUGACGCUGGAGCGGGCCUGCGCUCUGCUGCUGGGGCUGCCGGGCCACCGCUUCGGCUCCGCCCUCGAGCUGGAGCUGCUGAAGCUGUCGCUGCGGCGCGCGGUGGUGGAGAGCGACCGGCACCUGGAGGCGCGCAGCUGCUACCUGGCGCUCCGCCUCUUCCUGGAGCUGGGCAAGGUGGAGGACGCGCUGCCCUUCGUGGAGCGGCUGCAGUUCCUCUCCAUCAGCCUGGCGGAGGAGGAGGCCCGCCCCCUGGCCCCCGUCGACCUCAACUGGAUGCUGAGCCGGCUCUACCACAGGAAGUACCUGCCCCACAUGGCGCUGGCCUCCCUCAGCCUGGACUCCGCCCCCGACCGCUCGCUGCCGGACGCCUUCCAGAAGAUCGAGGUCUUCAUCAAGAACUCGGUGCGGCUGAACCCGCAGUGGCGGGAGGGCACCUCGCUGAUCCCCGCCCAGAUCGUGGUGUACCUCCAGCAGGCCCUGUCCAUCGCCAGUCGCCACGGAGACCUGCGGAUGCAGCGGGACCUGUGCAUGAGCCUGGCCUGCAUUUACCAGCAGCACGGGGCCCUGGAGAUGGCUGUGCAGUGUGCCCAGCGGGCCGGGGGCCACAUCAGCGGGACUGGGGGCCACAUCAGCGACACUGGGGGCCACAUGAGUGAGACUGGGGGCCACAUCAGUGACACAGGGGGCCACAUGAGUGAGACUGGGGGCCACAUCAGUGACACAGGGGGCCACAUGAGUGAGACUGGGGGCCACAUCAGUGACACAGGGGGCCACAUGAGUGAGACUGGGGACCACAUCAGCGACACCGGGGGCCACAUCAGUGAGGAGGAGGGGUUUGAGGCCUCCGUCCUGCUGGCCUGGCUCCUGGUGCUAACAGGGAAGGAGGAGCGAGCGGCCGCCACUCUCAAGCCCCUCCUCCAAUCCCUGAACGAGACGGACAGCCCCGCCCAGAGGGGCGUGGUCUACAACCUGCUGGCGCUGUGCCUGCGGAAGGAGGGGCGUGUCCCCGAGGCCGCCCGCCACUUCUACAGCGCGCUGCAGAUCUCGCGGGAGAACGGGAACAAGCGCAACGAGGCGCUGGCGCUGGCCAACCUUGGGUGCCUGGCGCUGUCGGUGUGCGCCCCCACGCUCGCCGAGCGCUUCCUGCUCCGCGCCCUGCCGCUCUUCCAGGAGCUGGCCGACCGGCCCACCGACGCCGAGCACGCCCAGGCCCUCCUCUGGCUGGGGCGGAGCUACCGGGACAGGGGGCGGACCCAGGACGUGCUCCUGUCCUACGAGACCGCGCUGCUGAUCGCCAUCGGCGCCAAAAACCUCCACAGUCAGAUGGUUGUGGCCAAAGCAUUGAGCCAUUUGUACUGCGACUUGCUCCUGCACGGACAGUGCAUCAUCUACUACGAACACUGUGUGGCGCUGUCACGGGAACUGAAAGACAAGAGGCUGGAGGGAGAAUAUCUGGAGAUCCUCAGCAAUCUCUACCUGUCCUUAAACACAGAGAAGUCCUCCAGGAAGUCACUGGACUACACCAAGCAGAGUCUGCGGAUUUCCAUCGACCUGGGGAAGAGGGAGGAGGAGUCAGAGACCUGGCUCCAGGUGGGAAGGAUUUACUACCUAAUCAGAGAGGACGAGCUUGCCGACAUGUACCUACAGGCGGCAGUAAAAACUGCCCUGAGAGUUAAUGAUCCCUACUUCGCCACGAGUAUUUAUGAGGAGGCCGGGGACGUGUUCUUCCAAGGACACAGAAAUCGUCUUUCCGCGCUCCCAUUCUACAGGGAUGGCAGCCUGCCUUUUUCCAGGAGCGUGAAGGACGUCCAGUCGGAGUUCCGGCUCCUGAGCAAACUCACAGAGCUGCUGACGAGCCAGGAGCAGUAUGAGGCAGCUCUGCAGUACGCGGUCCUCGCGGUGCAGGUCAGCACCACAACAGGGGAUCGUCUGAAGGAAAGAACUGCCUUCCACCGGCUGGCCACGGUCUACUACUCCCUCCAGCAGUUUGAGUUGGCAGAGAACUACUACCUGAAGUCCUUAUCGCUGAGCCCCGCCCUCCUGGAGCUCCCCAGGGAGGCCCAGUACUAUGUGAAAGUGUACUGCAGGCUGGGAGACCUGACCCUACACAAGCUAAAGGAUGCCUUUGAUGCUGUGGGGUACCUCCACCUGGCUCUGGCGGCGGCGCUGGUGGACCAGGAGAACCCGCGGGCGCUCUGCCGGGUGUACAGGAAGCUGGCGGAGAUCCACGCCACCCACAUGCCCGACGCCGAGCUGAGCCGAAGCUACGCGGACAGCGCCCGGGCGCUGAGGGACGACUCAUCGGGAGACGCGGGCGAGAGCGCGCCCCCACCGGGGACCCAAACGGACGGGCCCUCACCGGGGACGCAAGCGGACGGGCCGCCACCAGGGACCCAAACGGACGGGCCCCCACCAGGGACCCAAACGGACGGGCCCCCACCAGGGACCCAAACGGACGGGCCCCCACCAGGGACCCAAACAGACGGGCCGCCACCAGGGACCCAAACGGACGGGCCCCCACCAGGGACCCAAACGGACGGGCCGCCGCUGGCCGUGCGGCCCACAUGCGCCGUCGAAGAGCAGGAGGACGGGACGGGGGCACAGAACUCCGAUCUCUCUCAGCUUGAGCCCAAAAGUGCCCUUUCCGCGUCUGAAGACACUUUACAAGACUCCUAAUAAAUAUCAAAUAUCUAAUAUAAAUGGAGUUUAUUUACACGCGUAUCACAGGAAUGUUGUAUUGAGAUUACUCUGAUUAGAGAUAAUCUUGAUACUGGGCUCCAUUUUCUCAAUGGCUGUUUGGAGAGAGGGGGAGAAACUAAAAGAAUGACUGUAUGCAAGGGGUAAGUAAACCAGAGCUGAUAGCUCAUUGUCAAUCAAUAUCAAGUUAAAUGAGUCUCACUUCAAUUAAUUUUUGUUAGUUUCAGAUAACACUCACUUGUAUGUCCCUUAUAUAAAUAUGUAAAUAUGAUAUUUUCUCCACCAUGCAAACAGUUCCAACUUCAGUAUUCACUCCAGUUUGUUUUCGCUGUCCUUUUUUAAGUUAUUUGUAAAUGUUUGGAAAAAAAUUUUAAAUUAUGAUUUAGUCUUUUUGUACUUGUUUGCACUGAGUGGAGGAUGGGUUUCGCACUUUCCUGGAAUACGCUGUAGCAGUGAGCCUCCUAUUGGCCCAGCUCCAAGUCUCACUUCAUUGGCUAAUGGCAGGCUGGUUUAUCAUUGGCUACUUUCUGUCUGUAAUGGCAGGCUGGUUUAUCAUUGGCUACUCUCUGUCUGUAAUGGAAGGCUGAUUUAUCAUUGGCUACUCUCUGUCUGUAAUGGAAGGCUGCUUUGUAAUUGGGUGCUUUCUGUCUGUAAUGGAAGGCUGGUUUAUCAUUGGGUGCUUUCUGUCUGUAAUGGAAGGCUGGUUUAUAAUUGGGUGCUUUCUGUCUGUAAUGGAAGGCUGUUUUGUCAUUGGGUGCUUUCUGUCUGUAAUGGAAGGCUGUUUUGUCAUUGGGUGCUUUCUGUCUGUAAUGGAAGGCUGUUUUGUCAUUGGCUACUCUCUGUCUGUAAUGGAAGGCUGUCAUUGGCUACUCUUUUUGUUUGUAACAGCAUCUCGGUAUAAUUUCGCACCAAGUAUCGCACAUAAUUAAGAAUAACAGAAAGAUGGAACAGGAACUACCUUAAAUAAUGUGUAACAAAAUAUCAGUCCGUUUUUUUGUUCAAGUAGAAACUAUUUCAAGUAAAUCACGCAGAGGGUGGUCCUUUAACACUAACCUGGGCAACAAGAUCCCCGUCUGUUUCUGGUUUUCAUGCCAAAUUCUGGCCUUAAUUAGCCCUAACAUUUACGUCAUCUGACAUUUUAGCUACAUUUCUUGCUAAGCGCAUGAUGGACAGCUCAAGACUGUUCUGUAUGCGGCAUUUUACUGUGAUCUGUGAGUGAACCAGGGUUGGUGCACAGCCAGUUAGCUCAUUCAGCCAGGGUAAUUGGUGGAAACAAAAACACACACUGGCCCUCCAGGACCGGAAUUGACCCCCACCCCCCACCCCCCGCUAUAACAGUUGAAAUUAAAAUGGAGGCAGUCUCUAACGAGUGAGCCGCAACUGCGAAUGAGAAACGUGAUUUAGGACCGUUAUCAAAGCCUCACCUAAUUUGCACUGUGGAAUGUUUACCUGUCACUAGGCCCUAAAAAUGUCUGCUUCAGUGAUCGAUCAAAAGGCCUGCUGCUCCCAACAGAAGAUCUGCAAAAAUAAGUGUGUUUACGAUGGCUUUUAACUGGAGAACUGCCCAUGAUGUGAAUAAUAUAUACAAAUAAUUUGUAUAAUUGUUUUUUUUUUCUUUUUCUUUUUUUUUUACAAAAAUGAAAGUGACUGUUAAAUUAUAUUUAAAAAAGGCUGCCAGGUGUGUGUACAUUUGUUGUAAUUUUGUAUCUUAAUUCCACUGUAGAAAUAAAUUGCAAUUACAUGACAUACCAAGUUAUUUGUCUCCAUCUGUUGGAUAAAGAUGACAUUACACUACA